AUGAAAAGAAUAAAGGGGAAUCUCAUUGAGAUGCAUAAUUUUAAAAGUUACCUGAUGGUUUCUUUGGUUGCUUUCUUGUUGCCAUGUUUUCUCCUAACCACCGGAAGCUUAGCAGUGCCACCAGAAGUCAGAAACGAAACAGGAACUGCUAGAAUUGGUGUCAUUCUUGGCCAAACAUCUAGACCUGGCAAAGAGGCCAAAGUGUCGAUCGAAAUAGCAAUUCAAGAUUUCAAUAUCAGAACCAAUCGGUCAUCGGUGUUAUAUCUUCAAAACUCUCUAAACAAGCCUUCUCGAGCAGCUAUUGCAGAAUGUGAAAAUAUUGCAGCGAAAGAACUUAUUGACGAACAUGGUGUGAAAGCUAUUUUGGGAGCUCAUACAUGUGAAGAAGCAUCUGCCAUAGCCGAGGUUAUCAGCGAAGCUGAUCAUGAUAUCCCACUAUUUCUUUCGCUAGCUGAUACGACUCCAUUGCAGGCAUCAGAUCAAUCGCAGUUUCUAGUUCAAGUUGUUCCUACCCAAUCCACACAAAUGAAUGCAGUGGCUGCCAUCUUACAGGCACGGGGUAUUCAGCAAGUAACUCUUAUAUACGAAACCUCCCAUCUAGCUUCCCCAUCAUCAUCAAUCAUCUCCCAUCUCUCUCAGGCAUUUCGACAAACAGGUUCCGAGUUAGCCCAUACCUUACCAUUCACAUCUGGUUCAUGUUUCUUAAACAAAGAGCUUGAGGUACUCAAGAGACAAAAACGUCAAGUCUUUAUAAUUCACACAUCUCUAGAACUCGGGAUUUGCCUCUUUCAGACUGCCAAGAAACUGGAAAUGACCGGAGAUGGGUAUUUAUGGAUAGCGACUAAUGAAAUCACGGAUCUUUUUCAUUCCAUUAAUUCCACCAUGAUUUCUUCGCUGAAAGGCAUGGUUGGAGUCAAAAGCUACUUCCCGGAAAACACACCGGAUUUUCUAGAUUUCAGAAAAAGAUUCCGUCAAAAGUUCCGUUCCGAUUACCCAGAAGAGGAACAGGACGAACCUGGAAUCUUUGCUGUGCAAGGCUAUAAUGCCGUGAAAUUGUUAGAAAAAGACUCACCUGAAAACUUCCAUCACCGCAGACCGAUUCCGGCGACUACAGUGGAGAUUGUUAGCGUGAUUGGAAAGGGAUAUCACAGUAUAUACUGGACCAAAGGAUUAGGAUUUUCGGAGACCAUUGAUGACAUCAAUGGAGCAACAACUUACACCCAUUCUAUGGAUAAUGUGGGACUGUGGCCGGUGCAACCAUGGUAUGCUCAUAGACGGCACCGGAAUCUCGCCGAAAGCUCGAAGAAUCUGAUGACGGUCGGCGUUCCUGGUCAAUCUCUGUUUAACCAAUUCGUGAAAGUGGAAGUUGAUUCAGAAAGAAAUCGUACUUCGAUCAGUGGAUUUGUAGUCGCUGUGUUUGAUGAAAUGAUGAAAAACAUGAGUCAAUCAUAUGUGUAUAAACCCUUUUUUGGUUCAUAUGAUGAAUUGAUUGAAGGAAUACAUUCAGAGAAGUUUGAUGCAGUAGCCGGUGACGUAACAAUCGUGUCAAGAAGACACGAGUUUGCAGAUUUCACGCAACCGUACACCGAGUCGGGUUUGGAGAUGAUCGUACCCGUUAGACCCCGGAUCUCAAACCAGGCAUGGUUAUUCUUGAAGCCUUUCACUCCAGAAAUGUGGUGGUUAAUUGCAGCAAUCACCAUUUACAAUGGCUUCAUCAUCUGGUUGAUAGAGAGGAAACAUUCUGAGAAUCUUCGAGGUUCCGUUAUAACCCAAACUGGAAUCGUCUUUUCGCUUGCAUUUACCACACUCUUCACUUUGCCCGGGGAAAGGUUGCAUAGUAAUUUGUCGAGGAUGGCAAUGGUCGUGUGGCUGUUUGUGGCACUAAUCAUCACGGCGAGCUACACGGCUAGCUUGGCGAGCAUGCUCACAGCUCAGAGACUCGAACCAACGAUAACCAGUGUUGAGACGCUCAGAAACAUGAACGCAACGGUGGGAUACUGCAAUGGGUCGUUUAUAAACUACUACUUGAAGGAAGUUCUACAUUUUGAGGAUGUCAAGGUCAAGAGCUAUAACUCAACACAUCGAUACGCAGAGGCCCUGAAUGGUGGUGAAAUCGCUGCUAUCUUUCUUGAAGUUCCGGCGGCUAAAGUUUUUCUAGCUCAGUACUGCAACAGCUUCAUCAGGACUGGAGAGACAUUCAAAGUUGGAGGUUUCGGAUUCGCAUUUCCUAGGGAUUUUCCAAGGCUUUCAGACGCAAACAAGGCACUAAUGCACGUAGCAGAAAGUGGGAAACUUAAAGAACUCGAGGACGCCCAUCUUAUCUCCGAGAAGUGUGUGGACGAAGAAUCUUCACCCGAUGAAGAAUCUAGGCUUAGCUUUCGCAGCUUUUCAGCACUAUUCAUGAUAACCGGAGGGACAUCAACAAUUGCUCUAGCCAUCUACAUCAUGAUCAGCAUCAGAGAAUUCAAAAAAUCUACUCAGGAACACACAAGUUUCAUCAAACUGAUAUCGGCAUUUAUCAAAGAUUGGCAACAUCAUAUGAGAAGAUCAUCAAGCAUAGUUGUCAACGUAGAGAGUGGUAGACAUACGCGAAAUGCCGAUCAAUUGACUCAAGAUGACAUGGAUGGUUUAUAAGAGGUAAGCGAAACCCUUAUCUGUAUAUUAUCAGGUUAGGAUCUAGUUGCAGAUAGGAUCAUAAGUUUAUUGUUUGAUUCUUGAUAAGAGAACUUUAGACUAUACGAUUUCAUAAGAUGUAUUCGGAGACCCUGAACUGUAUAUUAUCUGCUUGGGAUCUAGUAGCAUUGUAGCAGGUAUGAUCAUAGCUUCAUUGUCGAUUCCUGGCGAGUAAAACUUCAAAAACUGUACAGUUUCUGUUCUGUAAAGCAAAUUAUGCA